AUAGCUCGAAAAGGAUACGAUAUACGAAUCUGAAAAAGACGCUCUUCGAUAAACAAAAAAUUGCACGAGAUCUGUACGACGAGAUGUCGAGUCUGCGAGAGAAGAUAAUCGCGGUCGGCGGCAAGGACCCGGGCAAGAUCGAGGAGUUGAGAUCGCCUUAAGUGGAGUGUCCUAAACAAAGCCCGCCGACGCCGAUCGAGACGGGCUCGCGGCACGACUGCGCCGAGCGGCCGAUCUGCAUGGACGAGUCGGCGGUAAUCGGUGUGUUGCUGUUGCAAAAUCAGCUGCAGGAUCUCUGCGACCGUUCUCAAGAGAUCUGUCAGCGCGCCCUGGACAGGAGUUCGUCGUUCGCGUCCCUCAUCAAGUCCUGGCUGACAGAAUCGAGCCGGCAGGACGAGACGGACAACAUGUUGAUCCUGGUGGAUUAUUCGGAGAUGGAGGCGCAGCAGGCGAAUUUCACGCGAGACAAUGAGGAGAUGAAAGCGCAACUGGAAGAACUGAGGACGGCCCAGAAGGACUUCGUCGCCGAGUUCGCGAAGAGAUCCUCGAGCCUGCGUAGCGAAUACGACGAUUAUUGCGGGCGCGUGAAGGAGGAGCGGCCGAAUGCCGAUCGCGGGGACCUGUUGCAGGAACAGCUGAGUGUCGCUCGGGAGGAACUCAAAGCGGAGCGUGACAAGGCGAAUCAAGGGAAGGAGAGGACGAGAAUGAUGGAGCUGCAGAUGCAAAAAGCGCGGGCGAAGAUUCACGAGCUGGAGGGGCACGUGGCUAACGAGGAGGAGAAGUCGCAACAGCUGCAGAACAGCGUCAAGUCGUUGGAGGCCCAAUUGAAGCAGAAGGAUCAGACGAUGGAGCUGAGAAUGAAAGAUAUGCACAAGGCGAUGAAGAGCAGCGAGAGCCUCAUGGCGAAAAUGGAGAAGCAACGUGACAGCUUCGAAUCACGGAUGCUGGAGCUCAAAGAAAAGAUGGCUCGCAAAGAAGCCGAAGCGAGUGAAACUAUUAAGGAGUUAUCGGCAAAAUUUGAAACGAUUGACGUACAGAUUAUUAAAGAGAGAGAAAAGAGAGAACAAGCUGAAAGUGCCUUAUCUGAGAUGGAGGAACGUUGCAAACAUCUCGAGGAGAAAAGCCAGCUGCUCUGCGACCUCGCGAGUGAGAAAAGCAAUAAUAUAGCUGUGACAGAUAACGCUCACACGGAAAAUGAAAUCUGCUUGUAUAACGACUUGAUGGCGGUCCGAGCCGAGCUAGAGAAACAGAAGGAGAAGGCCGAGCAACUCGAAAGGGAAAAGCAAGAGAUUGUCGCCGUGAUGCACCAGGCAGCCAGCCGUGACAAUGAAGAUGAGACGAAGGAUAGGCUCGCCGCCGAACUCGUAGCCAAGACUAAUGACCUCCAGAAUCUGAUGCUAGAGAACGCUCGACUCCAAAAGAUUACGAGAUUUACACAAGAGAGGAAUGAAGUGCUAGAGAAUCAGUUAUCGAAGAUCCAGCAUCGUCUUCAAGCGAGAGCGAAAGAGACCGGCAAGACUCAAGGACUCGAUACAAUAGAGCUUCAGCAACAGAUCAGUGAUUUGCGGAACAGUUUGGUCGAAGCUGUACAGCAAAACCAAGAAUUGGAGACUACCCUGACGCAAAAGCAGCUGGAAUUAGAACAGCGCGAUCGGGUGAUGCGCGAGCAGAGCAAAUUCCUUAAAGUUCGAGACGAGUUACUGAGCCUCCUCAAAGGGAAGCAGACAAACGCGACGAAUCCCACUAAUGAUAAUUACGAAGAUAUCGAUGAAAUCAACAAACAAAUCGUGGCGAAGACAGAGGCGAUUCAGGAAUUGUAUGCCACGCUUGAGGGCAAGCAGAUGCAGGUGAUGCGAUUAGAGAAGCUGGUGAAGCUAUUGGAAGAUCAGCAGGAUCGCGCACAGGCGCAACGCACGCGGCUCGAGCAUCGUAUCGCGCAAUUGGAAGUGAGCUUGCGAGAAAAGAACAAAAACGAUAACACCCGGAGUAGAGCUUUCGGCAUCCUGUAAGAAAUUCUGUAAUCGUCAGCACAACUUAUAAAUAUCAACCGGCGAUUCAUAUAUUGGAUACCAAGAAAUUACACGUGUAUGUCUAAUGUCUAAUUCGUGUGUAUAAAUAUCUAAAAUAAUAUGUAAAAUUAAAAAUUUCAUGUGAUACAUCAC